CCGCCUCGCCCCCGUUCGGCAGCGCCGCCUCUCCGCGCCGCGCACGCCGGGACUGGCCCUGCCCUGCGCCGCCGCUCUCCGGGCCGCGGUCCCGCAGGCAAGAUGCAGGACCCAGAGAAAGACACCGAGUGGAAUGACAUCCUGCGCAAGAAAGGUAUCCUUCCUCCAAAGGAAAACAGAGAAGAGCAGGAGCGUGCAAAGGAAGAGGAGCAGCUUGAAAUCCUUCAGAAAUCCCUCGUGAAAACGUAUGAGGACAUGACUCUGGAGGAGCUAGAAGAAAACGAGGAUGAAUUUAAUGAAGAAGAUGAGAAAGCUAUUGAAAUGUACAGACAGCAAAGAUUAGCAGAAAUGAAAGCAGCUCAAAUGAAGAAUAAAUUUGGAGAAGUUCUGGAGAUUUCAGGAAAGGAUUAUGUUCAAGAGGUUACGAAAGCUGGGAAAGGUAUAUGGGUAGUCCUGCACCUCUACAAACAGGGAAUUCCACUCUGUGCCUUAAUAAACCAACAUUUAAGUGGACUUGCGAAGAAGUACAGAGAUGUGAAAUUCAUCAAAGCUAUCUCUACCACCUGCAUACCCAACUAUCCCGAUAAGAAUCUGCCUACGAUAUUUGUCUACCUUGAAGGAGACAUCAGAGCUCAGUUCAUUGGGCCUUUGGUGUUUGGUGGCAUGAACUUGACGAGGGAUGAACUGGAGUGGAAGAUCUCGGAGUCAGGUGCCAUCAAGACAGACCUUGAGGAGAACCCCAGGAAACAGAUCCAGGACCAGCUCAUGUCCUCCAUUAGGGCAUGUGUCCAAACCAGGGGAGAGAGUGACUCAGAGGAUGACUAACUCCUGCAUCAGCAUCAGGAUUGAUACAGUACACUUGCAGCCAGUGUUCCUGCCUAAAAGACUGGAGGUGCUCAUCAAGAUCUUCCUGAACCCCAAAAGUGGAACAUUUCAAGACAGCCAUUUAUCUAGAAAUUUAAAGUCGGUGCUUUUUUGAUUUUGGUGAUUGAUUUUGGGUAUUUUUCCUGAAAAAAAAUUACUGCAGCUUUGAGAUCAUGAGAUUGAGAGCAUUGAGAUCAUGAAAGACUUUUUAUAUUACAAAGCCUGAGUAAAUCUUACUCCAAGUUUUAAAAUAUAGGUAUUGGUAGAUACAAAAGUCUCUUGUUAUUAUUUUCUUAGUGAACUGCUGACACUUUUUUUUAACAUAAAAUAUGAAGUGACCUAAAGCGUAAUAGUUUAACUAUGUUAGUAUAAAAAUUCAUCUUAAACAUGGUGAGUUACAGCAUGGCACUUGGUCUUCUGUUAACCUGUCCUGUGUAGAUGCUGGAUGGAGAGAGUGGACUGUGGAGAGCUCAGGGAAGUGACAUGGGUGCUGCUGAAAGCCACGUUGUGGGCCCUUUGCAGUGGGGUGUUGGCAGAACGUCUAGCACAAGUGGGAGAGCUGGGGGCCCCAAUGUCUUCAGAGAUGCAUUAGUGAUGGUCAGUAUCUUCUUGGACCUGCUAAGUCCAGAACUCCCUUUCAUGUACGUGAGUUUGCUUAGCAGCAGUAUUUUGCCUUUUGCAGCACUGUCACCUAUUCAGGAAAGAAGAUUCAAGUUAGUGGCAUUCCAGUGUGAAAUUACUGACUUCCACUUACUGAGAAGUUCGAUGCUUUACUACAAUAAUGCCAUUGCCAUAUGGAAGGGAAAACAAUGUUUGAAGAGCUAAUCUUAUCUUCCUAUAUUAAAGCAAAAAUAAAAUACUCUUCUAGGUAGAGCAGUAGUAAUUGAAGUCUUAGUUCAACUCUAUCUCUUCCUGUCCUGAAUUAUAGCUAUUCUAACAUUGAGCUGUGUGCUUAUUUUGGAUUGGAACAGUAGACACUAAAAUCUUUCUCUUUGAGAUCUGCAUAGGGAUUUGAGUGUAACUUAAGUCUUUUUUUUUUUUAAACACACUGUGGAAGUGAGUAAAAUGCAGCAGGAUACAGGCUGAUAAAUAUUAGUUAUUACAUUUUGUAUGUAUUCACACAUUUCUUGACAGUGGGCUAUGCAAAGUGCUAUCAGACCUGAGCCUUUUUGGUGCUUCCCUGUAUCUCCUUACAAUCUAGGAAAAGGACAACUCUUUCUCUGCAGAAAAACCAAUAAGUGACUUCUAGAGAAGUCAUUUACAUUAAAAAGAUUCUAGCAGAAGUCUGCAUGGUUUUUCUUUGCUCGUCCUUUUUGAAGUGUGCAUUGUUUCACACCUUGGAAUGACCUCUGAGCAUAUCAGCUGGGUUUCUUUAGGAGGAUGCUAAUGGAGAGGAGCAACCACCAAAGGGCAUUUGAUACAAAAAGUAAAGCAAGAGCUAGUUUGAAAUAAGACCCUCUGUGAGAUGGUUCAGUAUGAGUGUCAUAUCCUCAGCCUUUCUCUCUCCACAUUUGCUGCUGUUAGCAGUUCAGCUGUCUUAGAGCAGGCACAGCUGCCAUACUCUUCUCAAUUUAUUUUUAAAGCUUAUCAACUUUCCAGUAAGGAGAGCAGAAACUCCAUUUUGUGUCAUUGCUGCAACAUAUUCAAUUUAAAGUAUAAUCUAAAAAGUAGCUAGAGCUCUGGAUGCAUUUUUGCUUCUGUUACUAGCUCUCUUGAGCCUCUUUAAGGAAGGAGGGUGGUGAUAACUGCAGGGUAGGCUUUUGUGGUUUUCUGGACCGCUGGUUUCUCCUGUUAUGGUCCGUGAAUCAAUACAGUAUUCUGUCUUCAGUCUUUGCCUCCAGCACAUCUGUGCCUGUCAGAUACUUUCAUCCAAGGACUUACAGUGAGAAAUCUUGCUCUGGUUUGCCAUGCACAUCUUCCUGUACUGAUAAUGUCUAGUCUCUAUUCAGCACUUUCUUUUCAGUUUUUAAAUACAUAUCUGUGACCAGGACGGGA